GCCAAAAAUGAAGUUUGCCGAACAUCUGUCGGCGCAUAUAACGCCGGAAUGGCGGAAGCAGUACAUCAUGUACGAGGAAAUGAAAGCCCAACUCUAUGCAGCGGUCGAACAAUCACCAUCGGCAGAGCUGGUUGAUCCGGAAAUGCUGACAAGAUACUUUGCCAAAUUUGAUGAACAAUUUUUUCACUUUUGCGAUAGUGAGUUAGCAAAAAUCAACACAUUCUAUUCGGAAAAACUUGCCGAAGCAACUAGAAAAUUCGCCAACCUCCGUUCCGAGCUCAGUGAAACACUUGAGCUUGAAGAAAAUACCAAAAAGAAAAAGGACAAUCUCCAUCGGGUAAAGAAAAAUUUGCUGCGAAAGAAGAAUGUAUCCGUUCGCAAAAUCCAAGAGCUGAAACUGGCAUUCAGUGAGUUCUAUCUGAGCUUAAUCCUACUGCAGAACUAUCAAAAUCUUAAUUUCACCGGCUUUCGAAAGAUACUGAAGAAGCAUGACAAGUUGCUGAAUGUAGAUUUUGGAGCAAGAUGGCGGGCGGAAAAUGUGGAAUCUGCACACUUUUACACUAAUAAAGAUAUCGAUCGAUUAAUUCACGAAACCGAAAGUAUUGUCACCAAUGAAAUUGAAGGAGGAGACCGGCAGCGAGCAAUGAAGCGCUUACGAGUGCCUCCGCUUGGCGAACAGCAAAGCCCUUGGACGACGUUCAAGGUUGGACUAUUUUCCGGAUCAUUGCUGGUGCUUUGUGUGGCCGUUGUCCUGUCAGCCAUGUUUCAUGUUCGAGGAAAUGAUUGGAUGGCUGCUUUUCGGUUAUACCGAGGACCAUUACUGAUAGUAGAAUUUUUAUUCCUGUGGGGAAUCAACGUGUACGGAUGGCGAUCAUCUGGUGUUAAUCACGUGUUGAUAUUCGAGUUGGAUCCUCGAAAUCAUCUUUCUGAACAACAUAUCAUGGAGCUAGCUUCAAUAUUUGGAGUUAUCUGGACACUAAGCGUGCUUGCCUAUCUUUAUUCUGAUUCUCUUGGAAUACCCGCUUAUAUUAGCCCGCUGGCUCUGUACAUUGUAAUGGUGGCCUUUUUGUUCAAUCCCACUAGAACCUUUCGCCACGAAGCUCGUUUCUGGACAAUCAAAAUUCUCAGCCGUAUUAUUCUAGCGCCAUUUUUCUACGUCAACUUUGCCGAUUUCUGGCUUGCAGAUCAGCUGAAUAGUAUCGUUCCCGCAUUUCUCGAUAUUCAGUACUUUAUAUGCUUUUAUUCCACCAUCACCAACUGGGAUCAUGCGGAAAAUCCGAACCAGUGUAUCAACAACUCACUUUGGAUUCGACCGAUUGUAGCCAUGCUUCCGGCAUGGUUUCGAAUGGCACAAUGUUUGCGACGAUUCCGGGAUACUCGGGACGCUCAUCCCCAUUUGGCGAAUGCUGUGAAGUAUUCCACCUCUUUCUUCGUGGUCGCCUUCUCCUCGCUGACCCAGGCUACCACGGAUCAGUAUGAGAAAAGUACCGACAAUCCCUGGUUCUAUCUGUGGAUAAUUUCUUCGAUUUUAUCAUCCUGCUACGCGUACACCUGGGACAUUAAAAUGGAUUGGGGCCUGUUUGAUUCAAAAGCAAGUGAUAAUAAGUUCUUGAGGGAUGAGGUGGUGUACGGAUCAACUUGGUUUUACUAUUUUGCUAUCGUGGAAGAUCUAAUUCUUCGGUUUGGCUGGACUUUAUCUAUGAGUCUUAUCGAAAUGGGCUACAUUGAUCGGGAGAUAAUUGUGUCUAUUCUAAGUCCACUGGAAGUCUUCAGGCGAUUUAUUUGGAACUAUUUUCGGCUAGAGAACGAGCAUUUAAAUAACUGUGGUAAUUUUCGUGCCGUGCGCGAUAUUUCCGUAGCACCAAUGGAUUGUUCGGAUCAAACUACAAUACUACGCAUGAUGGACGAGGAAGAUGGAGUACGUAAUCGCCGGCCAGUGAAGAAAAUCGGUGGCAAAAAGAAAUCCGAGCAAAGACUUCUUCUUCGAGAGGCAGAAUCAACGGAAGAUUUGGAAAUGUAA